AUGACUGCUGAAGUAGUUGCAGCUAAGAAGAGCUUAUUUUCACGUCCAUUGGACUUGAUAUAUUUUGUUUACUUUGCUACACAUAUUCCUAUUACUUUAGCUAUUGACUUUCAAGUAUUUUAUCCUCCUAAUUGGGUCCCCCAAAUAUUCAAAGAUGCUUUGGACUUUUAUGUUUUGACAUACAAAGAUCCUUUUAUGGGUAGUUCUACGCCUAUUUAUUGGUACUUGAGUUUUAUUGUUUGUGAAUUAUUGAUUCAAUUGCCAUUUUUCUUUAUAGCCUGUGUUGGGCUAAUUAAAGAUUGUAAAUAUAUUCGACUCCCACUUGCUAUUUAUGGUUCUCAUGUCGCAACGACUGUUUUACCUUCCAUUUUGGAAGUAUUGUUGAAUCCGGAAUUAAAGCUGAACCAAACUGAACGUCUUGUAUUAUGUAGCUUUUAUGCACCUUAUUUUAUCUUACCUCUCAUUAUGUUGAUUGACUCAUUUAUUCGCGUCAACAAAUAUAUGAAAGUAAACAAGAUACUUAAAAAGACAGAAUAAAAGG